AUGGGGAAACGCGUGUACUUGGAUAAUACAAUAGAGUUCCUAAAAGGGCGUGUGUACCUGGGGGCAUACGACUAUGCGCCACAGGACUCGGAGGAGGUGGUGUUCUUCACGGUUGAAGACACGUUGUUCUACAACCGGUUUCACCUAGACUUCGGGCCCAUGCACAUAGGGCACUUGUAUCGAUUUGCGGUGAUCUUCCACGAGAUCUUGAACGACCCGGAGAACCACGGGAAGGCGGUGGUGUUCUACUCGUCCACGUCGACGCGACAGCGCGCGAACACGGCGUGCCUCCUCUGCUGCUACAUGGUGCUCGUACAGGGGUGGACGCCGCACCAGGUGCUCCAGCCGCUUGCGCAGGUGGACCCGCCGUUCAUGCCGUUCCGGGAUGCCGGCUACUCGAACGCGGACUUUGAGAUCACGAUCCAGGACGUCGUGUACGGGAUUUGGCGCGCGAAGGAGACAGGGCUCGUGGACUUGAACACAUUCCGGCUCGAGGUGUACGAGAAGUACGAGCGCGUCGAGAACGGCGACUUCAAUGUGCUCACGCCGGACUUCAUUGCGUUUGCAUCGCCGGAGGAGGACAUGCGGCGGCCGUACGUGUCGGGCCGCACGCGCUUGAACCAGCCGUUCAAGCGCGUGUUGGAGUUCUUCAAGGACAAUAACGUGCAGUUGGUGGUUCGCCUCAAUUCGCAUUUAUACCGUGCCCAGCACUUUGAGGACGUCGGAAUCAAGCAUCUUGACAUGAUAUUCGAGGACGGCACAUGUCCUGACCUAUCUAUUGUCAAGAACUUUGUGGGCGCGGCGGAAACUAUCAUCAAUCAGGGCGGCAAAAUCGCAGUGCAUUGCAAAGCGGGCUUGGGCCGCACUGGCUGUUUAAUUGGCGCGCAUCUUAUUUACACUUAUGGUUUUACUGCGAAUGAGUGCAUUGGUUUUCUCCGGUUCAUACGUCCGGGUAUGGUAGUAGGACCGCAACAGCAUUGGAUAUACUUGAACCAGAACACGUUUCGCGAAUGGAAAUACACGAUGAAGUUAAGUAUAGAACCCAGUGAUUUAAUCUGUGGACUCUACCCGCUAGUAACAUUGGAAGAAUACAAACUGCAGAAGAAGGCUCUUCGGAAAUCCAAAGCAGAUCAUGAGGGGGACUACACUGUCGAUGAAAACACUGUCACGCCCCCAAAUAAAACCUUGGCUAGCCGGAAUAAUGAAUUUUCGCAUACAAAUGCUGUCCCACAGGAGUCUCCAGGACAGCCCCGGAAAGGGCAGGAUGGUUCGAACACCAUUGAAGAUAUAAAUAAUAAGACUAAGCCAGUUUCCAGCAAUGGAAAACCGCCAAGAAAGGUUGAUGAAAACACUUCGAGAGUCCAUCAUAGCAACAAUAGCGAUAACGAGGAAGACUCCAUGCUGAUCGACAGUAGCAAUGCCACCACAAAAUCACCGUUAUCUUCCAUGACCAAAAAACAAACUACAAACACUUCUAUGGACGAUGAGUUUGCCUUGCGGCAGAUACUCCCUAAAAAUAGACGUUUAGCAUCUUCGGGUUUGGCUACUACUGAUAAAAGAUCGGCUAGUGGAGCAGGAGUGAGGAAGGUUUCCGGCACAGCGAAGCGCUGA